AUGGACACAGACACAGGCAUGCACCAAAACCAACACAACAACCAACACAACAACCAACAGUUCAAAAUCCAGCACCACAACCAACAGUUCAAAAUCCAGCACCACAACCAACAGUUCAAAACACUGCACCACAACCAACAGUUCAAAACCCUGCACAACAACCAACAGUUCAAAACACUGCACAGCAACAACCACAAACAGAGCAAGGACAUAAAAGAAGUAGAGAACAAGGAAACCAAGAAUUCUUAA